AUGAUUUUUGAUCAACCUGCACGAAAUGAUCAUGAUUUCUGGUUACAACUUCAUCAACAGUCCAUUAAUAAAACAAUCAUUGAUGAAGAAGAUAUACCUGAAUCCCUUGCCGAUAAUUUUAAUUUAAAUGAUUAUUCAUUAAUUGAUAAUAAUUCUGAAUAUGCUGAUGCUUGUUCACCAAUUCCAAUAUUAUCAUCGAAUACGUACAUGCUUCAAAAUAAUAAUAAUGAUACUCAAACAUCACACAAACGAAUUCGUGAAGAAGCUGAAAAAUAUUAUAUUCGCACUGCAGAACAUUCUUCGACAAAACAACAGUUAUUAGCUGUUGUUGCUGUUGAUUUUUCACCUUCUAUUCUUCGUGCUCAUUUUCCGACUAUUACUGAUUCACAAAUAAACGCAGCACUAAAACAUAUCUAUCGUUUUGGUGAGAAAGUACUAUAA